CAGCGGUCUGUGGGACGUAGCCUAGGGUUGGUUCGGGACCUGGGGGGCGUGGACAGUCGCUUGAUGGGAGGGGAGCCCCUCGCUCUGCGCAGGACGCGCCUCAGGGAGCGUUUCGAACUCCGCUACGCCAGAGACUGAGGAAACGUGGACUUAUAGUCUGCACUGAGGGAAAAGGCGUAGGUUCGCGGCUUUUUCUAUGAGAGCCAAGCGUAGUAAACUGGUUUGAGCUGCUUCGAGGGAAAAAUAAACGGUCACACCUCAACAGCGCUUCGCUGGAGAGCCGCUGGGACACGGUUUCCUGGUCGCUGCGGGUCCUCAGCUCCAGCUGAUCUUUUCCCUACAGCCUGAUGGAGCUAGAGGAGGAGGAGAACCCCAGGAAAAGGAAGGAGACCCCGAACUCGGCCUCGACUACAGAGCUGGAUGGACCUUCGUGGGAUGUUCAGGAUUCAGAGCCUCAAGCCAAGAAAGCUCGCUUAUCUACCAUUUUAUUUACUGACAAUUGUGAAGUAAACCAUAGACAGCUGUGUGAGUUGCUGAAGUAUGCAAUUCUGGGUAAAUCCACUCUUCCUAAACCCAGCUGGUGCCAGCUUUUACACCAAAAACAACUAAACAACGUGGUGGUUUUUAUUCUGAAGGGAAUGAGUCAGCUGCAUUUCUACAGGUUCUAUUUGGAAUUCAGAUUUCUCCGAAAGACAUUCAGACAUAAAUUCAGCUUGCCUCCUCCAACAUCUAGUUUUCUGUUUGAUAUCAUUGGGCUGCAAAAGAAAAAAUCAGCUAGAGGUUGUCCUAGGACUGUGGAAGGACCUUUAAUUUCUGCCACUUUAAAAUCCAGCAUCGACCUACAGAAUGACCCCAUCAUUCAAAAGUAUGGCUAUAAGAACGUGAGCUUGACCAGAUGCCUUCUGACAAAAGAGGAAAUGAAAACAUUUCACUUUCCUUUACAAGGGUCUCCUAACUGUGAAAACUUUAUCCUUCCCAAGUAUAGUGGUUUCAUAACAGAUAGCAGUCCCCUCUUUGGACUUGACUGUGAAGUGUGCCUUACAUCCAUGGGGAAAGAACUAACACGCAUCUCACUGGUUGCUGAGGGAGGCUACUGUCUUAUGGAUGAACUUGUCAAGCCUGAUUUCAAGAUUCUGGACUACCUUACUAGUUUUUCAGGAAUCACAAAGGAGAUUCUUAACCCAGUGACAACCAAACUCAAAGAUGUACAGAAGCUGUUAAGAGAACUGCUUCCUCCUGAUGCUGUGUUAGUGGGCCAUUGCCUAGACUUGGAUCUCAGAGUAUUAAAAAUAAUACAUCCAUAUGUUAUUGAUACCUCAUUGCUUUAUAUUGGAAAGCAAGGCAGAAGAUUUAAGCUAACAUUUUUAGCCAAAGUUAUUUUGGGGAAGGAUAUUCAGUGUCCUAACAAGCUUGGCCAUGAUGGCAUAGAAGAUGCUAGAACAGCUCUUGAGCUGGUUCAGUAUUUUCUUAAGUAUGGGCCAAAGAAGAUUGCAGAGUUCAAUCUGGAAGCACUAGCAGCCAAUCAAGAGCAAGGAAACAAGGAAGGAGCUACACACAUGAGGAGUGUUUUAGAAUGCCUGGACUCAAUGGGGCAGAAACUCCUUUUCUUGACACAGGAUAUAGAUGAGCUUUCUUCUUACAGAAACUGUCAAACUGUUAAGUGCUCUUCAAAUAAAGAGGUGCUUGAGCAAGCCAGAGUGGAAGUCCCUUUGUUCCCCUUCAACAUUGUGCAGUUCUCUUUUCGCCCCUUUCCACCCCUCUUCGCUGAAGAGAUGAAAAACAAUAUGAAGACCAGGUGGACAGAGAUGUCAACUAUCUAUGCUGGGCCAUUUAGCAAAGAUUGUAACGUCGGGUCCCUGAAGAAGGUGUUUAGUAGCUUGGGCCCAGUACAGUCUAUAACUCUUGUUCUUGAAACUUAUAGGCCUUACUUCUCUAUACAGUAUGAACUCCUGGAAGCUGCUCAGCUGGCUAUAGAGACCAUGAAUGGCACGAUAUUAGAAGGCUCCUGCAUCAGGGUGCACAGGCUUCUGACAGAACUUACCCUUGAGUGUGACACCCUUGUAAGAGAGCUAGAGCAAGAUUCUGAGAACCAAGGUACUAUAUAUGUGGCUGGAAUCGGAGAAACCUUUAAAGAACACCUGUUGGAGCAGUCCAACCUCUUUCCCGACCUAGAAGCUGUGAUCCUGCCUAAAGAGCUUAAAAGCAGAAAGCAAAAAAACUACUGUUUCUUGAAGUUUAAAACUUUCAACAGUGCCCAGGUAGCCCUUGAAGUCCUCAAAGGCAAAGAGUGGAAGUUGAAAGGCAGAAAUGCCCUAACCUCCAGGCACCUUCAGGCAUGGCUCAAGAACAUACAUCCCGAACCAGCAAUGCCUAUGGGGCUUCGAAUUGUACCUCCUCUCUUGGAGAGGCACAUCUUCAGGACUCUGAAAGCCAACCACCCAAAGAUAGUAGCCUGGCGCUGGAGCCGGAGAAUUGAAAAACUCUACCACAGCCUGAGCCCAGGCACCUUCUGCCUCAUCCUACUACCAGGAACCAAGAACACCUUUGGAUCCCACCCUGGCCUAGGACUGAUGAAAAUAAAAGAGGAAGAGGGAGGCGACACCCUGCUGUGAGAGUGUGAGUCUCCCCACACUUUCCUAGUGCUGGUGCAUAUGCUCUAGGCUACAGCCCUUUCAAGAUGAUGACCGAAAGCCUCUCCCUCCUGCAGACAGCUUUGCUGAAACAUUGGGAUACCCACUAAAGUAUACUGACAUGUUCCAAAGCCCAAUAAAUGCCUAAAACUCAAAUCAUUUCCUUCCCUUAGACAUGGGAAGGGGGAUGAA